AUGGUUACUAAUCCAGAAUGCUGGCCUCGAGUAGCCAUUAUAUUGAGUGCAGCGGUCUUCUAUAUGGUUUUCAUAACAGUGUGCCUCAUGUUUCACAUCGUUGAAAAAUACUUCGCGGAUUCAACACAUUUGGACCGAAAUCAAGAACUGUUUCAACAGCAUCCGUCCACGGAAUACGUCCAGUUAGUGGAAAUCAGCAAUAAUAGCAGCAGAAAAUGGAAAACAUCAACCUUCGUUCGACUCCUGGCUGUUAGUGCCGUCUGCCGAACAGUGGGUGGAUGUCAACAACUAAUACUCGUCUCAUCAACCGUCGCUCGGUGCACCUCAAGAGAUCAAAGUUGUACCAGUUUCGCCACAGCAGUAGCCAAAUUCAACACUACGCAAAGUCAAUUCUGUCUACAAUCCAUCUCAUGCAGAUUACAGUGGAAGAAAUCAAGCUGUGGUGUCAAAAAGAGACGCUUUAUUUUACUCAACGAACCGAAACACGCGUGCAAUCCCGUAAAAGAUGUCCGCACAUGUGUCCUCUGUCGGACUCAAGUGUGCGGGCAUUUCCACGGACACAGUAGUCCCGGAGCUCGAUAUAGCCAACAAUUAUACGGGAAUAACCUAUUGCACAGAGUCAUGCGGGGAUGGGGGUGCUCAUGUGGCUUCCCCUCCUCGGGAUGCCUGUUUUGCCGCAUUUACCAUGUCCCCGUAAACGGAGAUGUCCCGAAGUUUUCCAGUGCUUAUCAUGGCAUGAAACAAUCAAACUCAAGAUAG